AAAUAAAUAAUCCAAAUAAGUUAAUCAAUUAAAUAAAAUCACAAAGGAUCAAUUUGCCCUUCAAUUUUCUAAUUUCUCACUGCCCAGUGGACUGCGUGACGCACUUUUACGUAGUCCAUAACCUCAAAAGCAUAUAUUUUAUUACAUUAAGUAACCCAAGCCAAUAAUCCACCAUAUAGUUAACACAUCAAUCCCUUGCGUUGACAAAAAAAAGCACAUCAAACUCUAAAAAGUCUCUUUACAAUGCUUCUUCUUCUUAAAAUUUUGAUCUUCCUGCUGCUCAUCUGUGCCUUGAAAUUUAUAUACUCAACCAUAUGGGUUCCAUUUAGAAUCCAAGGCCACUUCAAGAAGCAAGGCGUUACUGGCCCUAACUAUCGUCCCAUCUUUGGGAACUCCGCUGAGAUCCGCCGUCUGUACGUUGAAGCUCAGUCGAAGUCAAUGUCGUCUUUUAGCCAUGAUGUGCUUCAUCGUGUCGUUCCAUCUUACUACCAAUGGUCACUCAAGUAUGGGAAGAUAUUUGUUUACUGGUUCGGGUCGAGGCCUAGAUUGGCUCUGUUCGAUCAGGACAUGAUUAAGGAUGUUUUGAUGAACACAGGGGGUGGUUCGUUUGAGAGGGUUAAGCAAAACCCUCAGUCUAAGCUGCUGUUCGGCGAUGGACUUAUUGGGCUUGAUGGUGAGAAAUGGGCUCUUCACAGGAGGAUCGCGAACCAAGCUUUUAAUAUGGAGCGAGUUAAGGGUUGGGUGCCACAAAUUGUGGCUAGCACCACCAAGAUGAUAAAGAAGUGGGAGGAAAUAAGGGGAGAGAGAGAUGAGUUUGAGAUGGAAGUGUACAAAGAACUUCAUGAUCUUUUAGCAGAUGUUAUAUCCAGAACAGCUUUUGGUAGCAGUUUUGAAGAAGGGAAACGUAUAUUUGCAUUGCAAGAACAGCAAAUGCACCUUGUUUCCGAAGCUAUUAGAAGUGUCUAUAUUCCUGGUUUUAGGUUUUUGCCUACCAAGAAGAAUAGAGAGAGGUGGAGGCUAGACAAGGAAACUCGUGAAGCGAUAAGGACAUUGAUCAAGACGAAUAGCAGAGAAAGAGAAAACUCAAGAAAUCUACUCAGUUUGCUAAUGUCUCCAUAUAAAAGUCAGGAAGGGAAGGAAGAGAGAUUAUCAGAAGAGGAGAUUAUAGGUGAAUGCAAGACAUUCUACUUUGCAGGAAAAGAAACUACUGCCAAUCUUUUGACUUGGGCACUUCUCCUUUUAGCAUUACAUCAAGAAUGGCAAGACAAGGCACGGGAAGAAGUGCUUAGAAUCUUUGGAAGGAAUAAUCUUCCAAUUGCAGAAAGUUUGAAUGAGCUCAAGAUUGUGAGCUUGAUAAUUAAUGAAACGCUUCGACUUUACCCACCAGCUGUGAUGUUAACGAGGCAAGUAUCUAAAAGAGUUAAGCUUGGAACGCUUGAUAUUCCUGCAGGAACACAAUUCUAUAUACCAUUGACUGCUAUCCACCAUGAUCCUGAUAUAUGGGGAGAAGAUGCUAACGAGUUCAAUCCCUCAAGAUUUAAUGAGUCUGGAAAGCACUUGGCUUCGUUUUUCCCAUUUGGAAUAGGCCCCAGAAUCUGCGCUGGUCAAAAUUUAGCCAUUGUUGAAGCAAAAAUUAUACUAGCCAUGAUCAUCAGACAUUUCUCCUUCUCAUUGUCACCAACGUAUGUUCAUGCUCCAAUGCUCUUUUUAAGCUUGAUGCCGCAACAUGGUGCGCAGAUCAUCUUUAGUGGAAUAUCAAGUUGAAAUUGUUUUAGCAAAAUCGUUUGUGAAUCUCAAAGCCUCAAUAAUUGUAUAUAAAAGAAUCUUGUUCAAGAAUUUUUUUUUAUUAAAAUUAAAGCUUCCAAUCUCAUUCUUUACA